AUGCAGCAUGGCGUCUGUCGCCUCCAUGACCGUAUGGCGGAGAGGCGACUUGUGGUAAUUUUGGAAGGGGCUUCGUUAGAGACAGUGAAGGUUGGAAAAACUUUCGAGUUGUUAAACUGCGAUCAACACAAAAACAUGAUUGUCAAAAGUGGAAGGAAUCCAGGGCAUAUACGACCUGAUAUUACCCAUCAGUGUUUGUUGAUGCUGAUGGACAGCCCCCUGAAUAGGGCUGGCUUGCUACAAGUAUACAUUCACACAGAGAAAAACGCCCUGAUUGAGAUUAACCCACAGACUCGUAUCCCAAGAACAUUCCCUCGCUUCUGCGGCCUCAUGGAUGGUCCUCAGAAGCUGUUGAGAAUGAUUAAAAAUCCAGUGUCUGACCACCUCCCUCCUGGCUGUCCACGUAUCAGCACCUCCUUUUCUGCUGGAGAAGCAGUUUGCCCCAGAACCCUGGUGCCUGAGGGACCAGCCGCCAUAGUCAUUGGAGCAUUCGCACAUGGAGCAGUAAAUGUGGACUACGCAGAAAAGAUAGUUUCCAUUAGCAAUUAUCCCUUGUCUGCGGCAUUGACAUGUGCAAAGAUGUGUUCAGCAUUUGAGGAAGUGUGGGGAGUACUCUGA